GACAACCUAACCUCACUUUAAGUACCUAACCUCCAAAUUUCACAUGGCUAUCAAAACAUCCCAGAUGGGUGCAAAACAAAAGUUUGGCAUUUCCUUUGACAAGAAACUAUUAAACCAACUAAAAGACAACGAGUGCAGCUGUGUGGAGGUUCAUCAGAAAACUCAACAUCUAGCCUUACACCCUUUACAGCUGGAGAAUUUAAAUAACUCUAUUAAGGAUACGUUGAAUAAAGGGAUUGCACGAUACAACAAAAAGUUGGAAGGUAUUCUUUUGGGCUACCAACACAUAAAACUAUGUGGUGACACGGGGGCUAUCAACUUUGACUCCUGUUUUGUGCAUAUCGACAUACAAGCUGAUUUUUACUUGUUUAAGCCCAAUGUAGAUAGAAUUUUGAGCGGAAUUGUGAAUAAAAAAAGCACUGAUCACGUUGGCGUGUUGGUUUACAGUGCUUUCAAUGUUUCUCUGCCAAAACCAGCCGAUGCUGAAGAUUGGUUGGGUGAGAGGGUUCAAAUAGGAAGUGAGGUUACAUUUAGGGUUAGUUUCACCGAUUUUGAGUCUCGGUUGCCUUAUAUUAGGGGAGAAAUAAUUUCUAUAACUGAGAAUGAUAGUGGCAUAAGUACCAGUGAAGAAGGAGGUGAUAAAAAGAAGAAAAAUACAAAGAAGAAAUUCAAUGAUAAAGAUAAUGAUGAAGACACAUUAAAAUCACCCAAGAAGAUAUCAUUUGAAUCCUCAAUUAUUGAAGAAACGCCGAAAUUGAAGAAAAAAAAACGCUCUUCUUUCUCAGAAAGUGAUAAGGAAUUUAAAGUUCCUUCACCAAAAAAGAAGCGCAAAAAAGACAUGGAUAAUUCUUUAGAUGAAUUGCAAAAAUCCAUGCUUCAAGAACAAAUGAGCUUGUUGGGAAGCAUGAAUAAGAAGAGUAAAAAAAGUAAGAAAUCCAAAGAAGAAAUGGAUGAAGUAGCAACUAAAAAGGAGAAGAAAAAAAAGAACAAGAAAAACAAAGAUAAAAAAUCAAAGGAAGAUGAUGAAAUAUCCCUCCCAGACUUGAACCUAAACGAAUUAUUUUCAAGGGAUAUUUCAAAAAGUGCAAGCAAAGUUGACAUGGCUGAUAGCCAAGACAAAACAAUAAAAAAGAGGCACAGUUCCACAUCGCAGCUUUCUUAUUCUUUUAAUUUACCUUCCAAUUCUGAUUUGGAUGAAAGUUUGAAAGAGGAGAGUUCUAAAUUGAAAAGGAAAAGAUCCUUGAGUGAGUCAUUUUCCCCCUCAAAGAAAAAAAAGAAGAAUUUCAUUAAGGAAUAGUAGGUAUAAAGAUUUUUUUUAAAUACCUAGGUAGUUAAUGGAAAUUUUGUUUUUAUUUGUUUUAAGUGGUGUUUUAAAAAAUAUGACGUUAAUAUUAUCUACUAUUUUUUAGUUAUCAAAUGUAAAUAAUAUAUUCAGUAUCGCGGCUUUUAAAAAAAAAUGUUAAUUUUGCAGGAAAUGGCUCAAAAUGUACUAUUUAAAAAAAACAAAUACAAAAAGGGGGGGAGGGUGUUUUUAAUAAUUUCUUUUACCAAAUGUCGAUUUUAUUUAAAUUUUGAUUUUAAAUUUGCACUACCCCAACUAAACUUUAAAACCGUCAUAUUCAAUGAACGUUUUGAGCAGUUUAAAUUGUGUUUAAAGUGUAGAUCUUUAUAAACUUUAUUUUUAAAACAAAAAACGCCAUAUUUUUACAAAAUACAAGGCCUACUCAGUUUUUAAGAGUAUAUUUUUAAGAAUUCAUAUUAGCGAUUUUUUUAAACAAAAUCUAAGCACGGCACUGGAUUCAUCAUCCUACACUAAAUUUUAUUGAAAAAUUUUAAGUGGAAAAAUGCACAAUAAUAACUAAAAAAAAAUAUUCUGUCAAGUUAUCCAUGAAAAAACAUUGAAAUAAAAUUAAACUUAUAUUACCAUGUUACUAUUAGUAUAAUUUUAUUUUAAUGUUUUUACAUGGAUAACUAGACAAAAUAAAUUUUUGUAGUUAAUAUUGUGCAUUUUUCUAAUUAAAAUUUUUCAAUAAAAUUUAGUAAAGGGUCGUUUUGAGGGGUAGUGAAUUCAGUGCCUUGCUUAGAUUUUGUUUAAAAAAAAUCGCUAAUAUGAAUUCUUAAAAAUUAACUCUUAAAAACUGACAUAGUAGGCCUUGUUUUUUGUACUAAUAUGGCGUUUUUUGUUCCAAAAAUAGUUUAUCAAGAUCUACACUUUAAAACAAAUCCGAUCAAAAUCGCACAAUAAAUAUUUACAGGGGUGAGUCGCAAACAAAUGGGUCACACUGUAUAAUAAAAUGACGACAAAAUUGUGUACCAACAAAACAAAAACACAUUUUUAAAUUUGAUACUUUUGAAAAGUGGUGUAGUGCACAGUUUUAAGCAAAGGUUGUUGAAUUAAACAUUAUAAUGAUACAUUAUUUAACAGUCCUGGAAAACGUAGUAAUUUACAUUUAUUAAUAACAAAAUUUAUCAUAACCUCAUUUUCUCCCGAUUUUAAAUAUCAUUAUAGGUAGUCGCCCCUCGUAUAUAUCAAGUCCUCUAAUAUUUUACUGCAGUGCUAAGCUAAACUCCUGUAUCUACAAUAUUGAGUUUUAUUGUUUUAAAUGGACGCCUUUCUGCAGAAAGGAACCAACCCACAAAACCAAAAAAAUCGAGAUAUUUAGCCUAUGAACUAAUUAAGUAUGUAUAAUUUAUCUGCAAAAUAGGUCAUAGCCAAAAUGCAAGUGUAGUGAAAUCUAUUAACCAUUGAACCAACCAACAUUCAAUAAUAGUGUGGAUUACUAAUCCAGAAUUAGAAUCUGUAGAAUAUCUGCAAGUGGGUUGGAUGUUUUUUGUAAAAAAGCAGGCUGGUAGAUCCACUACCAAAGUCUUUAAAGAUUUCCUGCUUCUGCAAAAUAUAAAGUCUUGAUGCAUUUUUUUGGUAGCUUACAAGAUGAGGUGGGGUUGGAAGAUGAUGUGGACGAAUUUUAAAUAGAAUCAAAAUUAAUUCAUAUUACCAUUAUAAUAGUAAUAUCAGUUGUAUUUUGUUUGGAAAUAAAUAAUUGUCGCUUUUCUUUAAAUACAUACAUACAUCAGAUAGUAGUUUUCAUAAAUUGCAGAAAGGAACCAACCAACAAAAGCCCAUUUUUUUCGUCACCCUUACACAUAACAUCACAAAAUCCACCUGAUGAAAUUAUUAAAU